GGGCAGAACGAUACUAUUUUGGUGUAAUUUUGCCAGAAUUUUUAAUUUUAAAUAAAGGUACAUUUAAAAAAUGGAUAAUGAACAUAACGUGGACGAAAAUCACGAGAAUUCUCAAAAAAAGGGUCGACAUCGUAAAAAGCAACUGUACAAAUCGAUCUUGCAACAAAUGGAGUUUUAUUUUAGCGAUUCUAACCUCGCAAAGGAACGCUUUUUGAGUCAGCUGAUCCAAAACGAUCCAUACGUCGACGUCUCCAUAUUCCUGCAAUUUAAUAAGAUACGCAAACUUACCUCGAGCCUGGAAGACGUCACGAAAGCCAUCAGCAAAUCGGAACUAAUCGAACUGUCGGAGGAUAAGACAAAGGUACGUAGAAGGCUACCGAUUAAAGUUAAGGAAAACGUCGACGAGUGCACCAUUUACGUGGAACGAUUAAAGUCGGACGCGACGCACGAGUGGCUGACGGCGAUUUUUUCCGAGUUUGGCAAAGUCACUUACGUGUCGAUUCCGAAGUACUACCACAGCAAUAUUAUCAAGGGUUUCGCUUUCGUCGAGUUCGAGACCGAGGAGUCGACAAAUGCGGCGUUGGCGUUCUUCGAGUCGAUCGAUUGUAAAAUACCGUCUGCGAUGGAACCGGAGAAGUUGUGCAGCAUCGCGACGUUCGACGAGAAGCAGCAACAGGCGAAAGACGAGUCGGUUAAAAAACGAAAGUCGUCCGACGACGCGCCGCAAAUCGAGUUGAAGAAGAAGAAGAGCGGUCGCGAUGACCCGGCCAAAGCGGAAGCGGAGCUCGUCGCGCCUGUCGAACAAGACGUGUCGGAGAGCGAAGGCGAGGAGAAGAAGAAGAAGAAGCAGAAGAAAGCGCAGAAGAGACUAACGAAUUUAAAGGAGAUGGGCCUACAAGUUCUGUCCAAGAAGGAGUGGAAGAAGAUGCGCAAUCGUUACCUGGAAAUGCAACGGAAGACGAUGUCCGACCUGAAACGGCACCUCCACAAGCAGCGCGUCGCCGAUUUUCACGCGCAAAAGCCGAAACCGAGGGAGCAGCCGCGAAGGGACGAACCGCCGAAGACCGUGCAGGCGUUCACGUCGGGCGUCAUCGUCAAGGUGGCGCUAUCCGAGCCGUGCGUCGAAAGCAAAAAACUGAAGGAGGAGCUCAAGACGAACCAUUCCAACGUUCGGUACAUCGACAUUCCGCACGCGUACGGAAGUCUGGAGCUGUACCUUCGGUUCGACGACAGUAAGAACGCGCGGGAGUUCUGCACGUCCGGCUUUAAAGACAGCAAGUGCGACGUGCUGGAGGGGGAGGAGGAGCAGAAUUAUUGGCAGAAAAUCGAAGAGUCGAGGAGUGCCAAGCUGAAGAACGACAAUCGUAAGCAAAGAGGAAGGGAUAAGUUGCUUAAAAAGGCGGAGAAACAGAGCGCCAAGCAUAUUCGAUUUGAGAAUAGCGAUUAAUUGUAAAUUUGAGAGUAUUGAACUGCCUUUGUAAUUUAAGUUUAAUAAUUAAUUAUAAUUAUUAAUUUUUA